AUAUGUUUACAUUCAUAAGUUGACCGGGAAAUCAAUUUUAGUUUUUUAUUUUACUGGAAUAAUAAUUUUUUUUAUCUUGAAAAUUUUUAUAAAUAAUCAUUUAUUGUAUAUUAACAUCAUAUUGUAGUAUUUGUGUAUUUUUAAUGUCUGAUUAAAAAAAACUUUGAAUAUUUUUUAGGAUAAUUUUUUACAUGGUCAACAAUGUCUGAAGAAAAAAAGACAGAAGUAAUCGAGUUAGAUUCCGAUGAUGAAACGAAAAAAACAGCGCCUAAGAAAAUCAGCAAAACGUGUAUCAACUUUAAAUGUUCUUCUGGCGUCAAUAUGAAAAUUGCUCCAAUUUUUACAUGUUUUUAUUAUGGAGUAAAUACAGCUAAAAAAAAAAGAAGAUAUAUUUGUCAAAAAUGUUUUGAAGAUGCUAUUACACAUCAAGAAGAAUUAGCUCAAGCUUUAUACGAGAAAAAGCCUUUAUUGAAAUGCGAAUUUCCUGAUCACACAAUGGAAGUGGAAAUUUCUGAUAGUGAUGAGUCGGAUUAUGAAGCAAGCACUGAAGGCCAAGAGGAAUAUAUUCCUGAAGAAGUGCUAUUAAGUAUAGAAGAACAUUGGGAUAGCGCUAUUUCUAAUGUGUUCAAAAAAUAUGAUAUUGACUUCCAAGUUAAAGAAGCGCAUAAUUUACUGAAGACUCACUGGGACGAGAUUGAUCGUUCUAAUAAAAGCAUUGAUGACGAAAUCAAAUCUAUGAUUUUACAAAUGGACUCUAUAAGAAGUAGUUUAUAUGACCACUUUAAGCCAGAAAUAAAAUAUCUGGAAGAUAUUCAAAUCGAUGAUGUUCCUGUGGAAAACAAUGCACUUGUUCCUCUUGUAGCAACAAAAAAAGUAACACAAAUAAGAACACCACCAGUUGCUGUAAAGAUUCCUGAUAACAGUCAAAUAGAAGUAAUGACUGUAGAGCCAAAAGAAAAAACUUCCACAAGUUAUGGUUUACCUCCCAAUGGUCCAUUAAUAAGAAAGCCAGCAGAAGUAGAGGAUUUAGUAUUGGUGAUGAAACAUCCUUUGAUACCUUGGAGAAAGGCUAAAGUGCUAUCAAUCACAUCUCGAGCACCCAUGACUUACAGAGUAAAAUAUUUAUUGAAACGAUAUAAUAAUCAGACGAAAUCAGUUUCAGGUAAACAAUUAGCAAUUCAUGAAGAAUGUUCUGUUAUUAUUCCUGUUGCUACAAGAGUUGUAGCUCUUUUUACUGACAUAAAAACUAGCAAUUAUUAUAGUGGAGUAAUUGCCGAACCUCCUAAAGCGACGAAUAAAUAUAGAUAUUUAAUAUUUUUCGAUGACGGGUACGCACAAUAUGUUUCUCAUAAAUAUAUUUUUGUUGUAAGUGAAAGCUCUCCUCGUGUUUGGGAAGAUAUUCCUAUCGAAUCACGAGAUUUUGUUAAAAAAUAUCUCGAAAAUUAUCCAGAACGUCCAAUGGUCAAAUUACAAAAGGAUCAAGUAGUGAAAACUGAAUGGAAUGGCAAAUGGUGGAUUGCUAAAGUUAUUCAGGUUGAUGCCAGCCUUGUUCAAAUGCAUUUCGAUGCUGAUGGAAGAACUGAAUGGAUUUACAGAGGCUCUACAAGACUUGGACCACUUUAUCUUGAGUUAUUAAAAGCUAAUUCUCGUCAACAAGGUGUUCAUGCCUCUGUAAAUACUCCAAGUCGUCAUCGUUUGACCAGUACAAUGAACAAAAAUAAUUUACCAUACGUAGAAUAUACUUCAGCUACUGGAGAACUUGACUCUGAUUUAGGAGGAAGUAGUAUUCAAGUACAAAAGUCUAUUCCAGUUUCAAAAGAUAUGGGUUCAUCAACUUCAACUCAGCCAACACAAUCUCGUGCUGUUGCUAAGAAGAGUACAGCUAAACGUUCCAGUGCCACUGACAUCCCUAACUAUUUAGCUAACCCUGAAACCAAGCCUUCUCACAGUAUAGUUUAUUAUCAAACUCAAAAUAAAAUCCAAACUCGUAAGUUCGUUCCACAUAAAUGUGGUUCUGAUUGUAUUAAAGGAAUUUCUUUCACACCGGAAGAUUUGAAAGGUUACUCUCCUUUAUCUAUUCCUUUGCUGUGCGGAUGGAAUCGUCAACUUUGUAAAUAUCCGAAAGGUAAAAAGAUUAUUUUCUAUCAAGCACCUUGUGGUGUUCGGUUGCGCAAUAUGGAGGAAGUACAUCAAUAUUUACGUAGAACAAAUAGUACUAUGUCUGUUGAUUUAUUCGACUUUGAUCACUGGGUCCAUUGUUUAGCAGAAUUUGUAUUAGAUAAAUGUUUUGUUAAUAUCAAAGAUCUUAGUUAUGGAGUAGAAAAUGUUCCUAUUCCAUGUGUUAAUGAAAUUGACCAUACACUGCCAGAUUCUAUAACAUACAGCACUAUAAGAGAACCUACAGAAGGAGUCCAUUUAAACAUUGAUCCGGAUUUCUUAGUUUGUUGUGACUGUGAGGAUGAUUGUCAAGAUAAAAGCAAAUGUCAAUGCUGGCAACUGACAAUUGAAGGAGCAUCCUUUGGUGGACGGGUUCCAAAUUAUGCAGUAGGAUAUGUUUAUAAGAGACUCCCAGAGCCAGUGAGUACUGGUAUUUAUGAAUGUAAUUCUCGGUGUAAAUGCUCUGUUAAAACUUGUCUUAAUAGAGUUGUACAACAUCCAUUAAGUUUGAAAUUGCAAGUGUUCAAAACAGCACCAAGAGGUUGGGGAAUUCGAUGUCUGAAUGACAUUCCUCUUGGUUCAUUUAUUUGUAUUUAUGCAGGAAGGUUAUUGACUGAACAAGGAGCUAAUGAAGGAGGUAAGAAUUAUGGAGAUGAAUACUUGGCGGAGCUUGAUUAUGUUGAAGUAGUUGAAGGCAUCAAAGAGGGUUUUGAAGCUGAAGCUCUUGAGCCAGAUUUACCUCUCAAUGAGCCAAUAAAAGAAAAAAAAAUUGAAGAAGAGCGAUCUCCUUCUGGUCGUAAGAAAACUAAUGAUUCUGAUGAAGAAUUUAAUAUUCAAGCAUUCAACUCUGAAUACUCAAAGCUUGAAACCGACUCGGAUUCAACAUCUAUGAAACGAAGACUGAGAAAGCGUAAGAAAAGCGAUGAAAAAAAUGAAGGUCCAGAUCUCUCUGAAGAUAAAAGUGAAGACGGCAGUACUGGAAAAGAAUCAAAUGAUAAACGAUCAGGAGAUCAAGAAGGAAGUGAUGAAGAAGAAAAAGGAAAUGGCAGGCGGGAGCCUAGCAGAUUUGAGCCUAGUCUUGAGCCAUCACAAGUUGAACGACCUCAAUUUAAAUCAGUCCGAGAUUUCUACGGAGAAGAUGAAGCUGUCUACAUCAUGGAUGCUAAAACUACUGGAAAUAUUGGCCGUUACUUAAAUCAUUCUUGUGACCCCAAUGUCUUUGUUCAAAAUGUCUUUGUAGACACUCAUGAUGUUCGUUUUCCAUGGGUUGCAUUUUUUGCAUUAAAUUUCAUCAGAGCAGGUCAAGAAUUAACUUGGAAUUAUAGCUAUGACGUGGGCAGUAUUCCAGGAAAAAUAAUUCCAUGUAAAUGCGGUGCAUCUAAUUGUCGUGGACGUCUUCUGUAAGUUAUUUGAUAAAUUAUUGAGUAUUUCAGCUGUUGAAAAGCGUAAAAUUAAAAUUAUAACAUUAAUCGAUAGUGAUGAGAAAUAAGUAAGUAAUAAUGAAUGAAAAAUUUUGGUUAAUAUCAUCCAGAUGGUGUUUAUUUAUGUAAAUACUUAAUCAGUUGAAAAUG